AUGAAAAGUGCCGGCAGGAACCUGAGCGAGAGGGAAAGGGCUCUGUGGAUAUGGGUCAAUGUGGUCGAUCUCGAUGGGUAUUUGCAAGAGGUUUACGAAUACUAUGUCGGCAAAGGGCUGUACUGUAUAGCGUUGCGUCGAAUCCUAAAUCUGCUUACUUCGGGGUUUGUCAUCGUAUUCUCGACGUUUCUGUUCUCAUGCAUUGACUAUUCCAAGUUCCCUUCGGAUGGUCACGGUGCCUUGUCGGAAGUCAUUGUACCACAUUGCUCCAGCAGGUGGUCGGUUCCCCAUAUCGCGCUGACAUGGGUCCUGGGUAUCGUCUUUGGGUGGCGCCUGCUCGUCUUCGCCCUUGGUACGCGCAAAUUGAUCGAGAUGAAAGCCUUCUACGAGCAUCUUCUGGACGUUCCGAAUAGCGAUAUCCAGACUAUACCUUGGUCGGAGGUGGUCAAGAGGAUCGGGCAGAUCCGCGACGACAACCCCACCACAAGCCUGAAAGACCCGGAUGGUGCCGAGUCUAUGAAUAUUGGUGAUCACAUAAAGCUGGACGCUCACGAUGUCGCAAAUCGUAUCCUGCGCCAAGAGAACUACUUGACAGCACUUUUCAACAAGGAUCUUCUGGAUCUUUACGUACGAAUACCACUUCCCAAACAAGCUGCAGGCUUAUUGCCGGGUCGUCUGAUUCAGUACGAUUCAGAAGAAGACCGGUUCUAUCUAUGCUUCGGUCGCAACAACUUGACUCGGGCAUUGGAGUGGAAUCUACGAUUCUGUCUUCUCGGCUACUUCUUUGACGACCGGAGACAUGUCAGAAAGGAGUUUAUCCGCGGCAGAAACCGAGGAGAGGCGAUCCUGAAGCUCCGAAAUCGGUUCAUUUUCAUGGGUAUCCUCAACGCGAUCUUCGCGCCCUUUAUUGUGCUCUACCUGCUGAUGUAUUCCUUCUUCCGGUAUUUUGAAGAAUACCACAAGAACCCUUCCUCCAUAGGCUCGCGACAGUACACUCCUUACGCGCGCUGGAAGUUUCGCGAAUUCAACGAACUGCCCCACCUUUUCGAGAGAAGACUCGAUGAGAGCUACGAGGCAGCAAAGGAGUACAUCGAUCAAUUUCCCAAGGCUAUCACUGCGCUGAUCAUGCGGUUCGUUGCCUUUAUCGCCGGGGCUUUUGCAGCGGUUCUCCUACUCUUGUCAGUGGUCGAUCCCGUCUUUCUUCACUUUGAGAUCACGCAAGAUCGGACCGUUUUGUUCUACCUGGGUCUCUUCACCUCCGUAUUGGCGGUAUCGAGAGGAAUGAUUCCCCAGGAUACUAAAGUCUUCUCGCCCGAGGAGCUCAUUACCGAAGUGGUGGCGCAUACGCAUUACAUGCCCGACGAAUGGAGCGAUAAGCUGCAUUCGCAGGCGGUCCAUGCCGAAUUCUCCAAGCUUUUCGAGAUGAAAUUGUCGAAUUUUCUGCAAGAACUCAUCUCUGUUCUGUUGACACCCUUCAUCCUCAUCCUCUCCCUGCCCCGCUCGGCGGCCGCCAUCGUGGACUUUUUCCGAGAGUUUACGGUGCACGUCGAUGGAAUCGGGUAUGUCUGCUCUUUCGCCGUCUUCGACUUCAAGCGGCAAGGAAAGCUGCCUGAACUCCCUUCAGGAGAUGAAGACGCGAGAAAGUCAUUGUUCAAUCGGAAUCGCAAGAUGGAAAAGAGUUUUCUCCAUUUCAAGAUCACCAACCCAGCUUGGCAGCCUUCGGAUCCGGGCGCGUCUCUCUUCCUCUCCAAGGUAGCCGAAUCAGGAACUAUGCGACGAGGAGCGAGACGACCAGACUCGGAUGCCAAUGAAAAGGUUUCUCGAUCACCGCCUUCGGAAGAGCAACAGCUGAGGGACCGAUCCAACAUUUACGAACGUGCCCUGCAGCGGAGCAUCAUGCUUCGCAGUGGGAACAAGCAGGUCCCGUCCAUCUCACCUACGACUCUGCGAGGCGUCGGACGACCUCCUGGGAGUUCGGGAAGUACUUAUCUCGCAACGAUGAAAGAGGCGGAAGACGGGCUCGAAGAAGCGGACGAGGAAGAUGGCUGGGAGACCAAGAUGAUCAAGCGCAAGGGACCCGGUUUGGAGUAUUCGCAGGAAGAGCCUGAUGGACGGGAUCAUGGUGUGCUGGAUAUGCUUCAGGAUGUCAUUCGACGCUGA